AUGUUUAACGAGCCUUUUAUGCAAAUCCAUCUUGGGCGUGGACCUAAGGGAUACGAAGAAGUGUCAACUGUACAGGCUGAUGGAAAUUUUUAUCUCUGGGAGAGUGAGGUUAUGAAGGCGCAGCUCAUGCGUCUUUGCCCACCUCGUCUAUGGCCACAUGCUUCGUAUAACAAUUCCUGCCCUCGACCGAUUCUCGUCAAUCUUCGACAUGAAGUGAUGCUGCGCGAGCUAAAUACUGCGCUGACCCUUUCAUUGACUGAUAUCGUGAAUCGAUGGUGGAGCGACAAGGCUGCAAAAUUUCCCCAGAGAAUGCCUCUCGAGCCAAUAGAGGAGGGGCUUUUAAAGCACGUAGGACGUCAAUCGGCCAUUGGGGCCCUGCCGCCUUAUACAGAACGCAAAGGAUCGUGGAGGCCCGAUUUCUUGGUCGAGGAUAUACACUGCGCAGAUGGCACCAUCCAAGAGAACUUCCGAAUCACCGAAAUCAAUGCCAGGUUCUCUUUCAAUGCGUAUAUGCACGCGGUAUUUGGGCACACGGCUCUGGAAGAUACGGGCAUGGCAAGGUAUGGGCUUGUCCCUGCCACGACUCCGACGAAGGUUAUUGACGGACUUUUCAAUCUGUUUCGGCGAGAUCGCCCUCUCCAUCUCUUGAAAGGUAAAGAGCCUGGGGUCGACUUCUACAUGUUCGUCGAAGCUGUGAGGCGCCGCACAGGCUCAUCGCCACGAGUAAUCGCCCCUUCAGACCUACGACUGGUGGUAAACGAGAAAAGAAAAACAGGUUAUAUGCUCUGUGCAAUCUCAAAGGCGCCUGCCUGCCACGCUACUUCCGCCGCAGCGUCUCCUCUAUUUUUUACUGAGGACGGAGAGUUUGUAGAAGAGAUUUUUCAGGUCGGGCUUGAGCUACACCAGCAUGAGCUGGUUGGUUUGCCGCUUAAUAUGCUGCAAGAGCUCUGUACAGUCUGCUUCAAUGAUUUGCGGACCAUAUUUCUAGUCCAUGACAAGCGAAUGCUGGGAAUCGUCAAGCAGGAGCUUCAGGAUCAAGUCGCGCGCGGAGUGCUCAGCCAGCAACAAGCGGUGAUUCUCGAUCGUGGGAUUGCAGACACUUAUUUGCCGGGCUCACCCGAGAUUCAAGAAAUUCUUGAUCACUCAGAAAAGCAUCCUGAAGUCCGUCAGCAUUUCCUCCUGAAGGCUAUUCGAGGUGGCAAGGGCGAUGGAAUCGUAUUUGGCGAUGAGAUGACCAAUGAAGAGUGGGUUGCGGCCUUGCAGCGCCAAGUCUCCCCAGGACUCGAGCUAGAAAAAUCUUCUGUCGUACAGCGUCGAAUUAUUUCUAGGCGGUAUAACAUGGUGUUGAAGGCGUCGGGAGAAAAAGUCCACUUCCCCUUGAUCGGCACAUAUUUUACUGUCAACGGUGCAUAUCUCGGCUUAGGCGGCUGGAGGAGCAGCAACGACCGCAUCUGCACGGUCGUAAAUGGCGGAGCUUGGAUUUGCUCUGUGAUACGUAGGGAAGACCACUUUGGAGAAAGUGUGUUGAGCCAGGGGGAAGGGAUUGGUGAGAAACAGCUGAGUAAGGUGUUGAGUACUACAAAGUAG